GCUUCUCUGCGAACCCACCUCGCCCAGAACAGAAGCAUGCACGGGGCACCACAUUGAGGGAGGUUCCCCCAAGUCUCAUUGUCGGACAGUCUAGGCUGCAAAAAUGUGCCCAGCGGCAAAGGGAGGUUUCCUCCAGCCUUGUACGCGAUGACAAUCACAGUGGUGCAGCCCCGGAGCUUCCCGCCUCCCGAAGCUUCCACCGCAGGAACGGGGUACGCGGCACUAUCGGUAUCUUGGAGUCAGAGGCUCCACUCGAGUGCCACGCGCUCAGGUCUCCUGAAGUCGGGGCGCCAUCCACGCUUGCAUAGCGGCGCGGGCGCCUGGGCUCGGGAGUUGUAGUCCCCGGCCCGGCGCAGGGCGGUGCGGACUCCACGUCCCGGCGGGCGGCGCGGCGCUGCCCGGGCGACAGGGGCGGGGCCACCCGGCCCUUUAAACCUUCCAGGGCUGCUCCGAGGGCCGAAGCCACAGAUCACAGCACGCCGGGCGGAGCAAGGCGCGGAGGCGGCGGGGCGCUCCAGGGAGGCCUGGGCCGCUGAUGGUUUUGGCGAAGUAUCCUAAGGUAGCUGGGCCGGCCCCCUCUUUCCCAUCUACCUCUUGUCCUUCCCCCCACACCACCACCACCCUGGCUCCCCUCCCUCAUGACCGCCUGGAUCCUCCUUCCUGUCAGCUUGUCAGCAUUCUCUAUCACUGGCCUAUGGACUGUGUAUGCCAUGGCCGUGAUGAACCGCCACGCAUGCCCUGUGGAGAACUGGUCCUACAACGAAUCCUGCUCUCCUGACCCUGCCGAACAAGGGGGUCCCAAGACUUGCUGCACCCUGGAUGAUAUCCCCCUCAUCAGCAAGUGUGGCACAUAUCCCCCAGAGAGCUGCCUCUUCAGCCUCAUUGGCAACAUGGGUGCUUUCAUGGUGGCUCUGAUCUGCCUGCUGCGCUACGGGCAGCUCCUGGAGCAGAGUCGACAUUCCUGGGUCAACACCACAACCCUCAUCACCGGCUGCACCAACGCUGCGGGCCUUGUGGUGGUCGGCAACUUCCAGGUGGAUCAUGCUAAGUCUCUGCACUACGUGGGAACUGGUGUGGCCUUCUCCGCCGGGCUGCUCUUUGUCUGCCUGCACUGCGCUCUCUGCUACCAGGCAGCCACCGCCCCCCAGGACCUGGCUAUGGCCUAUCUGCGGAUUGUGCUGGCAGCCAUCGCCUUUGUCACCCUGAUCCUCAGUGCUGUCUUCUUUAUGCACGAGAGCUCGCAGCUGCAGCACGGGGCAGCCCUGUGCGAGUGGGUGUUUGUCAUCGACAUCCUCAUUUUCUACGGUACUUUCAGCUAUGAGUUCGGAGCAGUGUCCUCAGAGACGCUGGUGGCUGCACUACAGCCUGCCCCUGGCCGGGCCGCCAAGCCCUCUGGGGGCGGUCGCACCUCCACUCACCUCCCCUGUACCCCCGAAAGCGUCGCCAUGAUCUGAGGUCUGGGGAGGGUGGCCAUGCCAGCCUUGGCAGCUCCCCACCUCAUAACUUUGCAUUUACUUUGUACCAAAAAUGGUUUUGAGAAAGUAUGCUGGGAUAUAGGCUUCCUUGCCGCUGGAGCAAUGGCCACCCCACGCCCAUCCGUGCCAUAGAGGAACAGGCCCGGCAGGUGCUGGGCUGCACACAACCUACUCCCUUUACUCUGCACUGCGGUUUUUAUGUUCAAAGGUCACAUAUUCUCACUUCAUCCAGCCAGCCCUUCAGGUGCCUUCUACUCCUCAGUGCCAAAGCCAGACCACUGGGGUUUCCUGCUGCAGGAAUGGGGGGCUGGGAACAGCAAAGAUAGAAUUUGGGGUGGAGGGAUAGGCACUCCUUAGUCUGUCGGGAGGCCCACUUUGGGACCCACUGAGCUGCAUUGGGAUUCUUCACUCUGCCCCUUUCUUUCUUUCGGGCAAAUAACACAGCAGAACCAUGUGGGUAUUUUAGUACUUUUAUAUAUAUAUAUAUAUAAAAAGAAUUCUAAUUUGCA